CAGCCCUGUGCUGACACCAGCGGCAGACCAGCAGUCCUGCUCCUGAGACCUGGAGGGCAGAGCGACUUGCGGCAACAUUCAGAAACCUCCCCUGGAGCAGACCCUGCCUGCUGGCUUCCCGUGCCCCACUCACCCCUAGUGAUCACCGGCGCCCAUGAAACCCUCUAGGGCAUCCCAGCGCUACAGAAGCAUCCGGAGAAAUGCCAGCCAGCACUACUUGUACCGGGAGUCCCUGCUGCUCAGCAGCUUGGAUGACAGCUUUAAUGCUGGUGAGACGGGGGACAGCAGUGAUCCAGAGCAAAUCUUCCAGAACAUACAGUUCCAGAAGGAGCUGAUGGCAAACCUGCAGAGCAGACCCUGGACCAUGGGACAGAAGCUGAGGGCACUGCGACGAGCGAAGGACAUCAUCCUGAAGUUUGAAGGGCGGCUGACCAGGACCCGCGGCUACCAAGCAGCAGGUGCCAAGCUCUGGCGGAAGUUGGCUCGUCUUGCCCGUAACUUCCUGGUCAUCUUCAUCCCCUGGGAAACGAGGAUAAAGAAAAUCGAGAGUCAUUUUGGAUCUGGGGUUGCCUCCUACUUCAUCUUCUUGAGAUGGCUAUUUGGAAUUAAUAUUGUGCUCACCAUUAUGACGGGUGCUUUUGUCAUCAUUCCUGAGCUCAUUGCAGGCCAGCCCUUUGGAAGCACGGCCAGCAAGACCAUCCCCAAGGCUCACAUUGCAUCUGCCCAAGACCUGGACACCGUCUGGUCCCUGGGGGGUUACCUCCAGUACUCAGUCCUCUUCUACGGCUACUACGGCAGAGAGAGAAGGAUCGGGAGAGCUGGCUACCGGCUGCCCUUGGCGUAUUUCCUGGUGGGGAUGGCAGUGUUUGCGUACAGCUUCAUCAUCCUCUUAAAAAAGAUGGCUAAGAACUCCCGCACGAGCCUGGCCAGCGCUUCCAGUGAGAACUACACCUUCUGCUGGCGGGUGUUCUGUGCCUGGGACUACCUCAUUGGGAACCCGGAGGCUGCGGAGAGCAAAACCGCGGCCAUCGUGAACAGCAUCCGGGAGGCGAUCCUAGAAGAACAGGAAAAGAAGAAAAGCAAAAACCUAGCUGUGACCGUCUGCCUGCGGGUCGUUGCCAACAUGCUGGUGCUGGUCUCACUGGCGGGGAGCAUUUAUCUCAUCUACUUCGUGGUGGACCGGUCCCAGAAGCUGGAACAGUCGAAGAAGGAGUUGACGCUCUGGGAAAAGAACGAGGUGAGCGUGGUGGUCUCGCUUGUCACCAUGCUGGCGCCUUCUGCCUUUGACCUCAUCGCGGCCUUGGAGAUGUACCACCCGCGAACAGCACUGCGCUUCCAGCUGGCGAGGGUCCUCGUGCUGUACCUGGGCAACCUGUACAGUCUGAUCAUCGCGCUCCUGGACAAAGUUAACAGCAUGAGCUCCGAGGAAGCUGCUAUCAAAAAUAACACAAGUCACUGGACAGAUUCUACCAUCUUCUUUGCCACCAGGACAGCCCCUGAAGGAGAGAAAUGGUCCACGCCUGGGCCUGGGACAGGGCUCAGGAGAAACAGCACGUGGGCCCCAGACCUGGCCAGCGUCCCCACUUACACCGUGUCCCUCUCAGACGCCAACCAGACCACCGUCUACACCCAGGGUCCGCAGGACCAGUGCUGGGAAACUUACGUCGGACAGGAGAUGCUGAAGCUGUCCAUUAUCGACCUGCUCUUCACCGUGGCCAGCAUCCUGCUCAUCGACUUCUCCCGAGGGCUCUUUGUUCGCUACUUAAGUGACUACUGGUGCUGGGACCUGGAGAGCAAGUUUCCUGAAUAUGGGGAAUUCAAAAUCGCAGAGAACGUGCUGCAUUUAGUCUACAACCAAGGAAUGAUUUGGAUGGGCUCCUUCUUCUCGCCAUGUCUGCCCGCAUUCAACGUCCUCAAACUGGUCGGGCUGAUGUACCUGAGGAGCUGGGCUGUGCUGACCUGCAACGUGCCCCACCCGCAGGUGUUUCGAGCCUCCAGGUCCAACAACUUUUACCUGGCGACGCUCCUGUUUAUGCUCUUCCUUUGCAUGCUGCCCACCGUUUUCUCCAUUGUCCGGUACAAGCCGUCUCCCAGCUGUGGGCCGUUCAGUGGCCAAGAGAAAAUCUACGACAUCGUGUCGGAAACGAUCGAGGAGGGCUUCCCCACGUGGCUCGGCUCUGUGCUGGGGUACGUCAGCAGCCCCGUGGUGAUCCUGCCGGCCGUGCUGCUGCUCGUCAUGCUCAUCUACUAUCUUCAGAGCAUCGCGAGGUCCCUGAAGCUCAGCAACCAGCAGCUCAAAAUGCACAUCCAAAGCGUGAGAUCUGAAGAUAAGAGAAAGGUUGCCCAAAUGGUAGAAGCCCGCAUCCAAACCCAAGAGGAAAGCACCAGGAGGCUGCCAAAGGACAGUGAUCUCGGCAGCCUCCUGUCCUCGGCUCACUCGGCGACAGCCCAGAACAACGGCCAUGUGGUCAGCCUCGACUCAUCAAGCAGCAGGAGUGGCAGGGUCGAGACGGUCACCCAACCCAUGCCCCCGAGUACCCGGCCAGGGCCCGGCAGCCCUCCUCUCCCUGGCAUCUCCCACUCGGGGCCAGAGGGCGACACUAACAGGUGCCCGCCGGGUCCGUGUGCAGGCACAGGCGGCCGUCACCAGACCAGAUCCCGCGCAGCUGUGACGCUUACAAAGCGUAUCGAAGAUGUUCACUCAGAACCCCUUUUCCAACAAGACUUUCAGCAAAUCAGCCCCCCACUCCAUGGAGCAGGGGUGUUGGCCUUGGUGCCACAUGGCCACAGGCCCCACACCCCCAGAUACUAUGUCGUUAAUGAACGUGAGUCUCCCCAAAAAACCCAUCCAGCGUACUGGCCGGUAGGACAUUUCAAGAUCGAUGGCUUAGGGGACGUUGUAGAGAUGCAGGCCGGGAGUAUGUGGCAGCGUGUGUCCCAGGCGCCCCAGCGGGCUCGCUCCCCGCUGCUGAGUGAGGAAGAGGAGGAGGCGUGGAGGGGGGACCGGACCCAUCGGUCUCUGUACCCACACGCCCUGGCUGACCUCCACGGGGCUCCUCAGUCUUACGUGGCCGACAGGUCAGAACGCCAGACCCUGGCUCCUGGGCACCGGGGCCGGGGGCGCCACAGGCCCCGGAAGCAUGGUGCUGAGGGUCCCCUUGGCCAGCCGCUGUGUGUGCAGGGGAAGCCGCGCCCCCGGACUCUGCGGUCCCCCCAGUACCCUCUGCGGCCCAGAGGCAAGCCCAAGGAGGAGCCACGCCUCACAGAAUCAGAUUCCCUGUCGGCGGCGUCCAGUAGUGAGCAGCACAGCAGCAGCGCCGACCAGUACCUCCAGGUGUCCCGCAGCCGGCACAGCUUCCCCAGGUCCGCGGGCCAGCUCGGCGGGAGGGCGGCCGUGUCGAGGCUGGAGCUGGCCGUGGGUCUCAAUGACCUGAUUUGUUCCGAUGUCUAGCGGCUUCUUCUGGUGUCCCCCUGGAGCGCUCGUGUGGUCUGACUGUGUGUUCCCUCCCCCUGCUGGAGAGAGGGCCAAGCACGCGUGGUGGGGGUCAGAGACCUGUGGGGCAGCUCCAGGCGUCCUGGCCAUUGAGCAGCAGCCACGGCGGGGGGUCUCCCUGUGCCCGGCCCACCCAUUGUUUCAGAAACUUCAGUCCUUUGCCUCCAUUCAGGGGACCACGAAUCCUCAUAAUGCCUGGACUCAGCCCUUCGAUGAGUGUCCAGGCGGAGAUGUCGCCCUUGGAGAUUUCACAGCACUUAGCUAGAUGAUCUGAACAGCCAGGUUGGUGGUGAGAGGAGUAAGUCAGUCUGUUUACUAGGCUGGAUGUCUAUCCAUUGGUCAGGACCAGUAGGUGGCGGUACAGACCCCCCAGGGUGUCUCUGUUCCUGUAACUGGCUUCAGGCUCAGCUGGACCAAGGUCAGAGAUCUUUGGGGCUCCGUCUUCCCCCCUCUCAGCUCUAUUUGUGUUGUUGAUCUGGGUUUCUCCUGCUACCUGCAGGCUUGCUCCAGGCUGUAGGUGGAGGAGGAAUUCGUGCCACAGAAAGUUCCAGGUGUACGGCCCCCAGCCAGGUAGCCCUGGGGAAAGAAGAGUUCUCCGUCCCUCCCACGUCAGGUCACUUUGCCCUUUGUGGCUGGGGCCCUGUUCUCCGGGAGCAGGUGGGAGAGGGGCAGCAGUGUGUGUAGUCUGCCAUGGUUAACUGGCCUGCCCCCCGUUCCUCUCUCUUCUCAUAACUGCUGUCACUCUAAAUUGUGUCUUUGAAGUUUUCUGUCUCUACCGGACUGUGAGAGCCCCUGGGACAGGAAUGGCGUUUCUUCAUUUCCGCACCCCCAGUAACUGACACUUAAAAGAGGGAAGGUUCUAGAACACACUGGGGACGUCCUGUUCUGAGAGGUGCCAACAGGUGUUCCCUGAUGAGGGUCCCCUCUUCCAUGUGCUCGCUCUGGGGCUGUAGCUGAGGGCUCCCUGGAGCCCUGCCACACGCUUCAGAAGCAUCUGGCCCUGCUCCAGGACCUGUCAGAACACCUGUGUGUGUGUGUGGGGGGGUGAUGCUCCAUCCUUCCUAAGGAAACGCGAGUGUCACCAGUACACACCCAGCGCUGCGAGCAUGUGUCACCCUUCAGUGUCCAGCACAGCUCCCACACACUCCCGCUCUUAGCGAGGGCUCUGUCUUUAGCCAGAGAGACAGACAUAAACCACGCCCAGCCGUCCGGAAGCAAGCGGACAAGCACCCGUAUUCCCACUGGGUCACGCUGUUGGAAUUUUAUUUCCAUCUAGCCAUGUCGUUAGUAGUAGCAGCAGCAUAGCAGUCAAGAAGAGAUUACAGAUGUGAUCAAGUCCGCUCUAGUCUGCACCUUUAGCUUCACUCCCCUCGGACUACCAAGAGUUUGGCGUCUGUCUGUCCUUUCAGUCACCUGUUUAUAGUUAUAUGAUAUGCUGUGUGUGUGUGUUUGUGUGAAUAUAUGUGUGAGCACCUACAAAACAGUACCUAAGUAUGUUUUACUAAUUAAAUGCUGUCGUCCUGCGUGUGCUGUUCACAUUUAUGUUUCUGAGGCCUGUUGGA